UUCCUGGGCCAAAACUGCAUCUUGGCCAAGCGGUUUCAGGUCUGACCUACAUAAACCGCUUGGCCGAGGUGCGGUUAUGGCCGAGCCUACCAAAACCGCACCUUGGAGAUGCGGUUUGUUUCUUCAAGUACGGUUCUUGGGGUUGCGGUUUUGCCACACAAACCGCAUCCCCAAGUGCGGUUUGUGUGUCAAUUAUUUUCCGACACCAGACCAGCAACCAUGCAGAUUCACAGACAUGGGGCUGCAUGGCAGAUGAAAAACACACCUCUAAGGUGCGGUUUUCAUUGAUGAUUUUGCCUAUAAAAGGCAGACGGGAAAACUUCUUAUCUUCACACUUGAGGUGGCUAUACGGUCUGGUCCGGUUAAAUUGGCCCAAAUUGAUCCGGUCCAGUCCGGUCUUUUUGAAAAUAUAAGGACCGAAGAUUGGAUUGGAUACAGUCUGGUCUUGAUCCGGUCCGGUUUUGAUCCGGUCCGGUCCCAAUUCGGUCUUAAUUUUACAUUGAGAUUGUGCGAUUUGAGUGGCCUAAGGCCUUAAAGGGUGAGGAGUUGGUUAAGUUUUGUACUAAGUGCAAAGGUUUGUGACCGUUUAUGCAAAUUACCCUUAAGUUUUGGGCGUUGAGCUCUCUUAUCCGGUCUUUAUCUCGUUUUUUACCUCAAAUCUAAGCCCAAAGAUUGGAUUGGAUUGUUUACUAUCCGGUCCCGGUCCGGUCUCGAUCCGGGUUAUACGAUCCGGUUUCCGGUUUUUAAUCCGGUCCCGGUCAAAAUAGCCACCCCUACUUCACACCUCUCCUUCUUCAUUUUCAAUUUUCUAUUGUAGCUCCAUAUUUCUCUAGUGUUUUUGCGGUUAACGUUAACUCGUAAGUUUUUUUUUGUAUUACUUUUUAUUGUGAAUUGUGAUUUUAUGAUAUUAGUUGAACUACUGUUUUUUCUUUUCUUUUCCAGAUGACAUUCCAAAAGUUCACGCUUGGGUUACGGUGGAAUGAUUACAUAGAAGAGAGCGGAAAGGGGGUCACCUACGUCGGUGGCAAUUUCAGAAAAUAAAGGUCGCUACCAGAUCGAUGGUUGAAGACCUCUAUCAAAUGUGUACUAACAAUACUUGCAUGGAUGACACAAGAAGAGUUAAUCUUAUGGUGUAUCGAUAUCCAAACAGAGAAGACGGGUUGUUGUGGCACGAGAAAUAUCUCCUAACCACUCAGGAUGAGGCGGAACCAUCAAACAUUCACGGAUCAUAAGGAAGUUACUUCGGCGGAAAGGGCCGAAGCCUCGUAGAGUCGUAGGGCUCGGGUCCAGUCCAGCUUUCCAUUUUUUCGAUGGAAAUCUCUAUUUCUCUUCGCCUACUUUCUUCCACAAGACCUCUCUCCGUGAGGCUGAGCACACCGCAUAACUCUCCUCGUUACACGUUUGCACAUUUCUCUGCGUCGAAAACUCCAGACCGUUCCCCCUCGACAGUUGUACUCGCUCACUCACUUUCAAUCGAUGCAGCAGCAGAAGAAAAUGGACACGCCUCUUUCUUCUCUCCUUCUCUUCUCCGUCUUCGUCUUCUUCGUCUCCGUUUGCGCUGCCGCCGAAUCCACCGCGACCGUUCAGCCUCAUGCGAUCGACUCGUUCAAUCUCAGCUUGAUUCAGAACGUAGGGAGCUGUUCUUACACGGUGGAUAUAACCACGAGCUGUUCUUCGCCGGUUUACACUCGCGAUCAAAUCAGUAUCUCCUUCGGGGACGCCUAUGGCAACCAGAUUUAUGCUCCAAGGAUCGAUGAUCCAGCUUCAAAGGCAUUUGAGAGAUGCUCCUCCGACACCUUUCAGAUAUCCGGACCCUGUGCGUACCAGAUCUGCUAUGUUUACCUUUACAGGAGUGGGCCGGAUGGAUGGAAGCCAGGGAGUGUGAAGAUCUACGGCUACAAUUCGAAGGCUGCGACCUUCAACUACAACACCUACAUUCCUGGCGAUCUUUGGUACGGUUUCAACUUUUGUGGCAAUGCUGCUGCUGCCUCUGUAAGUUCAAGGCGCAUUCCGGGAUGGUUUGUGUUUGUGAUUCUGUGGCUCUUUGGUAGUGCUGCUGUGCUAUGAGUGGGAGAGCACAUCUUAACACGUACUCCUAAGUCGGUGUUAAUUGCUAGAGAGGUUGCAGGAUGAUGAACAUGGGUUGGAAAACUCUGUUGGUGUAUGUGUACCUGUACUGGAUUGUAAGUAGGAUUGCUACCAUAGCUGUAAAACUUAAGUUGAGUAUAUUUCUCUGAUAAGUAUCUUGCCUUUCUUUUCCCUGACUUGUUCAUCUCAUCAUCUGGGAACUAGGCCAUGUCACCGUGAAAUUUACUGGGGAGUGGGGAGCUUUUUACUCUCAUGGCAAAUCUUACUCUUGUGAUUCGCAGUGUAUAAUUUCUGUUGAUGUUGUCAGCAGCUAAUUUUCGAGUGAGUUUUUCACUUCAGGACUGCGACGGCCUGAGAACAAGGUGGCAACUUCCUCUACUGGACAAAGAGACUUGUGCAGUUGUGCCAAUUACCAAGGUGCCUGUGAUAAAUUACUUGCUCGUACAUCAACUUUCCAAGUCGAUUUCAUUCAUCUACGAGUUUGUGUGGACAACCACAACAGAAAACAAAUCAUAACUUCAUUCCUGAAGUCUACAUACCCGUUUUCAUUUGUCAAUGAGCUUCAUCAUCUAUUGCCCUCCGCCGCCCAUAUCAGUGAAGUCCCUUCGAACUUCAAUUACUUGGUCCAUGAACACAUGUAAUCAUGUUAGCCCAAGUAAGAGAGAAUCCAAUGUCCUCAUCUGUUAAAAUUUAUAAAAUAUAGGAACUGCAAGAUCAUUAAUCGGGAUAUUUUGGGCUUGUUGCUCUUUUGGUAGAAAGAUUGGACCCUAAUAGGGAUGGCAAUGGGUCAGGUUUUGCCAAACCCAAACCUAUGGGUUUAUCCGUGAAAAUAUUCGGGGUAAAAUCUACUGGGUUUGAAAAACUCAAACCCAACCCGUUGGGUAUCCGCGGGUUCAUUGUUACUCACGGGCUUUUGUUGUAAUAAAUUUACAACAACAAGUUCCUAUUAAAAUUAAAGUCAAAUA